AUCACUUAGAUCUUGAAUUUCGAGCUCUCGACUCUCACCCACCGCCGACACCUUCCCUGAUAAACAUCACCAAUCGUGUCGACAACGGUCCAACCGCCAAGAUGCUUAUCCCAAAGUCAGACCGCAAGUCGAUACAUGAGUAUCUGUUCCGGGAGGGUGUUAUGGUCGCUGCGAAGGACUAUGAGUCGACCCACGAGACCGGCAUCCGCAAUCUCUUCGUCAUCAAGGCGUGCCAGUCCCUGACCUCGCGUGGCUACGUCAAGACGCAGUUCUCGUGGCAAUACUACUACUACACCCUCACCCCCGAGGGUCUCGACUACCUCCGAGAGUGGCUCCACCUCCCCGCUGAGAUUGUCCCGGCCACCCACAUCAAGCAGCAGCGGUCGCACGCCCCUCCCCGUGGCAUGAUGGGCGAGGACCGUGGCGGCGAGCGGAGAUUCGGCGGCGGCCGUGGCCGUGGCGGUGACCGUGACCGUGGCGACCGGGAGGGUGGUUAUCGCCGCCGUGAUGCCGGCGAGGGCAAGGAGGGUGGUGCGCCGGGCGAGUUUGCUCCUCAGUUGUAAGUGUUUGAUUCCGUUUUGGCUUCUUGUGAGUUUUGCUGACUUGUCCUGCAGCCGUGGUGGUAUGGGCCGUGGCCGUGCUCGGGGUGGUGAUGCUGCUCCCCCUUCUUAGGACUAAGGGCGGGCUUUAUCUCUCUCUCUUAGGUUGUCUGCAAUGGCAUGACGGACGGCAUGGAAUGACAUGUACUCUAGCUACAGAGUGAACGGGUCGACCAGCAAUGCCCCUACUCACCUGGACGUGGGUCGUUUGCGUGGGGAGUUUGGCGGUUAGAGAUCAUUCGGAAAACGUCUGCAUUCAGGGUCAUCAUUUGCGGUCAAUUCGAUUUCUUCUCACCACUCCGUGCGAACCGCCUUGACUUGGGCAGAUGUGACAAUGGUGCAGUUCCAGCCAGUGCGAAGUCUUGAUCCCGGCCUUAUGUGCCAGCCUAGUGUCGAGAGAAUAUAUUGAUCACGUACUAUACCA